AUGGCACCACUAUCUCUUGAGCAGGCGCAGGCGAUUGUGGACGAUAUCCAGGCGACAAACGGCGGCUUGCCUCCCGAGGAAAAGCAAGCGCUGUCGCAGAGGUCAUUGCGAGCCUACAAGAAUCUGCAGACUAUUGCUGGCAGAUCGAUUGUACAUGUGGCCGAAGACCUGUACGACACGGACACGCGGUUCCUCUUCGAGCUCAUUCAGAACGCGGAAGAUAAUUGCUAUGGCCAUGCUGUUAGCCAAGCGGAGGAGCCAUUUCUCGAUCUCACUCUACAUGAAGAUCAUCUAACUGUGGACUCAAACGAGGACGGAUUUACUGAGAAUGAUGUGCGGGCUAUAUGCAGCAUUCACCAGAGUUCAAAGAAACAGACUGGCGGCUAUAUCGGCCACAAAGGGAUUGGGUUCAAAUCUGUAUUCAAGGUUGCAUACAAAGUAUCUAUCCAGUCAGGACCCUUUUCCUUCUACUUUGAGCACCACCAGGGGGAUAGUGGGUUAGGCAUGAUCACUCCGUUCAACGAGGAGCCUCAGGAGCUACCCCCUAGUGUGAACACUCGAAUAACCCUCUUUUUUAUAAGCAUAAGCGACUUCGAGGCUCGUGCUUCAGAGCUGAGGGAGAUCCCGGACACCAUGCUGCUCUUUCUCCGUAAGCUGCAGAGGCUCACUGUGAAUAUCCCCUCCCUGCAGUCGCAGAUAUCUUUCACACGCUUUGAGGACAAAUCAAAGCACUUAAUCACACUCACCAAAGAGACGAAUGGAGAACAGGUGACAAAAUUCUACCAUCUCGAAAAGACCACCCUGUCCAAUCUCCCACAACAUCUCAGUCGCCCUGGGCAACCCGAGGUUGACCUAAUCCUGGCGUUCCCAGUGCAGGAAGACUACAGUCCUCUCAUCCAGGCCCAGUAUGUGUAUUCCUUCCUCCCGAUGCGUGAUGAGGGGUUCAAUUUUCUCAUCCAAUCGGACUUUAUCACACAAGCCAGUCGACAAGGAGUCCAUCGUUGCGAUAGAAACUAUGCUAUUCGCGAGGGUAUUAGCCAUUUGUUUCUCCAAGCUGUCGCCUAUUUCUGUAAGCAUACGUCGCUUAGAUACGAAUGGCUACAGUAUCUUCCGGGGACGCACAUUCGCGAUCCCUUCUGGGCCGAUCUUCGAGAGAUGAUCUUCGACUGCCUAAAGGGAUCCAAGAUUCUAUAUUCCCGCAGAGGAAUCUUGAAAUCCCCAACCCAGCUUGAACACCUGUCAUCACAGCACUGCGAUCGCCAUGGCCACCCUCUAAUGGACGAUAUCGAGCCCGAGGUUUACCUGGCGCAGUCCUACGACUGGAACAGACAUGCUGAGAAUUUGAUGGAACUUGGUGUGAAGAACCUGUCGUACCAAUCCAUCUUGGAUCGUUUGGAACCUUAUCUUGAGGGCUCAGCGCCAAGGUUUCUCGAUUCGAGUUUAGAUGAUGAUUGGCAUGCCAGAAUUGCAAAACUGCUUUUGCGCGCUCUAAAACGGCAGCCGCCAGGCUCGUCUCUGACCAAACGAAUAAAAGAAAUGGCCCUGAUACCCACUUCAGACGGGUCCCUGCUACCGGCUUGUUCUUCUGCAGUCUAUUUCCCAGAUGAUGAGCGAGGGAUUCCUAUCCCAGAGGGCCUAAAAGACAUACGAAUCGUUCAACGGAGCGUGCUAGAAGAUAAAGCGAGACUGGAACUCCUUGAAACAUUGGGGGUAGCCCGUUGCGAGACACGCAAAGUAGUGAAGGCUAUUCUGAAGCAGUACAAUGUACUUCAUGGGGUCACGCUAGAGAAAUCAGUCAGCCAUUUGAGGUAUCUCUUCAGGACCCUGGAAAAAGACCAACCGCUAGACAAUCGCAUCUUCAUCAUGGACAAGUCUGAAAAACAGGUCUACCGCGCGUUUGUCACUUCGGUGCCGAAAUCAUCACGGACGACUUAUACUUCGAGACCCUGGGAGAAUAUGGCACAAAACACCUCGCCCAGGAAUUGCAGUGUGGUGUCAACAAGCAGAAUUGUCCUCCUUUUGAAAUGCACAUUAUCCACCACGCAUAUAUUGAGGCUGUACCACCUGGGACGGUCAGUCACGGGCGCACCUGGGAGCAGUGGCUGGAAGAAGUGGCAUCGCAGCCUCCAAUCAGAUCUGACACCGCGCGUGAUUGGCACCCUGAAAGAUAUGAAAGUCCCUUGUCGGAAUCAGUCCCAAACCUAUCUACAAUGCACCUAUUAUCCAUCUAAGGAAAUGCAGCGGUUAUGCGCAGACGCAACUCUGCAGGAGAUUUUCGAUAAAUUCAUAGACAUUCCUGCUGAUAUAGCAACUGAUGGUACUGAUGGAUGGGAGUUCUUAGCCACAUUUGGGGUCAAACUGGAGACAGAAAUCACCUUUUUUUGGGAAAUCUUCGACGCCCUAGAGACAAAAGCCAACCGCACCAUCCUGACACAGGCUGCCUUCUUCAGGAUGUAUAAGGAGCUCUUCAUUCUGUUUUCCCAUGAUCCCAUCGAAUUGAAGGACAUUUUCACGGUUUGGGAAAGUGUCUGCAUCCCCGAAUGUUCAGGAGGAAUACUAGAUUUAGUAUCUCUCCGAAAGUGUGUCUGGAAUGGACACCCCUCUCUUCGGACGAAGCACCCUCUUGCUACUCACCCGGAAUACUCGAACGAUCCACAUGUGGCAUGUUUGUUCAGAGAUAUACUCUCUGUUCGUGAUGCCGACGUUAGCACGUACGUCGAGGAGCUUCAGUGGCGCAAAGACAACGCGGAUGUUGGUUUGGACGACCUGAAGGCGAUUUAUAACUGUAUCUUGCAGAAUAUACAGAAUCCCGAAGAUGGCGCUAUGAUACUAAGCAAAUUCACGGAACAGAAACUGGUCUAUCUUCCAGCAGAACGAUCCUGGGUUGCGCCUGAAUCCUGUGUAUGGACAGACACUCCGAGAAUUGGAGUACGAUAUGGCAUCAGCGCUAUGUACCGGGAGCUGGAGAGCUUCUUCCGCGGUGCUCUGAAUGUGCAAGCUCAGACAGCAGCCACUUACGUGGAGCAACUCAGGGGGUUAGCAUCUAAUGAGGUUGUGGAUAUUGGUGCGGUCAAAACUGCCAUCCAUAACCUCAAUGCGUUGCGACCAGGGUCUGAUGAGCUUAGAGCUCUUUCACGUCUUCGAUUCCUGCCAGUAGAAAUGCCCGAUGGCACUGUGGAGAUGUUAAAGCCUACCGAUACAUUUUUCAUUGCAGACCGAGUUGAAUAUCUUUCCGCUUUCCGGGGCAGAGUUCCCAUUCUGGACUUCUCUCUUGAUGAAGCCCGGCACUUGAGCCCCCUCCUGGGACGGAUCAGUCUUCAGAAUAGAUAUAUGUCAAUGGCAAUCAUGGAGCAGACUGAUGUCGAUCAGCCAUCCCACGAGCACUUGUCCAGGGAGACACGGCUGUUCCGCAGAAAGGCGAAACACUUUUACCGGGAGGACGGCCGAGAAACUGUUGGUCAGACGCUGCGACAACUGCAAAACGCGUUUGUUUAUGAAAGCGCUGGUUUCAGAAAAACACUUGUACUUCAAUUAAACGAAGCAACGGCGAGAGUACAGAGUGAUACGGGGUCGGUGCAUAUCACGGAUGUUAAUGAUGUGCUGCACAUUUACAUACCUAGAGAUCAGAAUGCCCGUCAAUGCUGCUACAGCUACGACCUUCCCCAGGCUCUGGGACAUUAUUAUGGACUUCAAAGGGACCCCGCAGUUCCAAUGAGUUUCGCAGUGGUUUUCCUCACUCCGGAGGACUUCAUCGAUGAAUGUCUAGACCGCCAUGGAAUCGUUCGUGUUCCUCCCGACAUCGCUAUCCUACCAGAAUCUGAAGCUACAGAUAUGACAAUCUCACCCAGUCGUAUUGAAGAACAAGACGUUGUCUCUGCGUCGGACGAGGGCCGGGAGAGUGGGGAUGAUUUUCUGUACACACCACGAGACUCAUCCCGCUCAAGCCCUGGAGACUCCAUAGACGUACCGAGGACAAUUGUUGCCCAUAACAGGAUUUCAGCUCCACCACCAAGGCUUCUCACUGUGCCAUCUCCUGACUGGCCAUCCCCGGACGAAGCACCCAGGCCUUUCUCUGAGCGUCAUUCGUACAUUCAACUGCUCGACAAAAUCAUCAGACUUGCCCGUCCACUUACACUUGCUGAAGCUCUACAACGCCCAAUGACCACUGUGAGAAGUAGUAUAGACACUUCACAUGACGGGGCCUUCGGAAUUCGGUCUGAGAAUCAACUUGCCCAUGAUAUCAAGAUCGGCGCUGCAGGAGACACCAUUCGCAGACAUAUCUCCGUCCAUCCCGACUACUACGAUCUUACCCCCUGGUCUGGUGUCGAGACUGCAGACGUAGUCUAUCGCGACAUCAGCUCAGCGUUAACCACCACUUUGAUUGACGCUGGAUGUCUGUCUCACGCACGGUGGCAUGGUUCCAAUCCAACGUACUAUAUCGAAGUGAAGACGACGACAGGGGAGUGCGGCAGUGCAUUUUUCAUGAGCAAGAGCCAGUACAGACGAGUAAGACUCAGGACCCCGACCCUCCAUCGUGCCCUAUUGCAGUAG